CUAGUCACAAAUCGAAAAACUCCAUAAUUGUGCUGCUGCGACGCCUACUAAAGAAAAAGUCAUCUCGCUUGUCUGGUUAUUCACAAUGUCUGUGAAAUUGAAUGCUUUAAAUAGCGAUUCGUACACCGAUAUCGGUGCAUACAGAGACCAACAUUUUAAGGGUAAGUGUCAUAUACAAGAGAAGCUGCUGAAGGCAAGCCACACUUUGUAUGUGGGGAACCUUUCCUUCUACACCACAGAAGAGCAGGUUCACGAGCUCUUUUCUAAGAGUGGAGAUGUAAAGCGCAUCAUCAUUGGUCUGGAUAAAGUCAAGAAGACAGCCUGCGGCUUCUGCUUUGUCGAAUACUAUACAAGGGCAGAUGCAGAACAUGCAAUGCGCUUCAUAAAUGGAACACGUCUUGAUGAUCGCAUGAUCAGGACAGACUGGGACACUGGCUUUAAGGAGGGAAGACAAUAUGGUCGUGGCAAGUCUGGAGGACAAGUCAGGGAUGAGUACAGGCAGGACUACGACCCAGCCAGAGGCGGUUAUGGAAAGUUGGCUCAGCAGCACAGAGGGCCACAGUAGCUUUUAAACAGUUCGUCUUGAUGUUCCAUGGAUCAAUUCCCCCCCCCCAACACUGCCAUCAUAAGUAAGUCACCACCUUGAAAGAACCAAAAUGUUCAUUAUUUCUGAUGCAGAAACCAAGAGUUGGCGUGUUAAUGAGACCGUGUCAGCCUCAUGAUACAGUAUUUGUCUGCUGCAGGAGGAACAGAAAGCAAGCAUGCUAUUGCAUUUUUUUCUCCCCAACAAUUUACCGGAAUGAAAACGUCCCACAUUGUGUGUACAUUUUCUUUUUUUUUUUUUUUUUAA